AUGACCCGUUUUGUCAGGCCUAAUCCUAAUGACGAAGUAAUUGGGGGAGAUAGCGUUCGCGACAUCCAACGGCGCCUUUUGGCGCAAUACCCCUCUCCCUCUGUGGAGAUCAUAGAUAUGGCUCGAAUAGAAGCGCAAGAUCUAUUCGAGGUAAAAGUCCAAAUAAUCCAAAAAAAAAAAUGGCUCAAUGGGACCCAAUUGGGGAUUGGAUGGGGCGUGGGGCGUGGGGCGCGAGCCCUCGAUAAUCUGAGAACUGCUAGUGGGGAAGAGUCCUUGGAGGGUCUUUAUGAGAUAUGGGACGACCUCCAAGAAAUCAAACCCCUCUCGGACGAAUUUUCAAAAUUACGAGAGAAAGAUCUAAAAAAAAGGUAA